CCAAAAUAUGUCCAAUAGAGUAUAUAAACUCUGUCAUUCUUCUAAGAAGACUGUGCUGGAUUCAGCACCACUUACACACCUGCACCUGUGACUACAGUUGCAAGUGAUCAGCUCUAACUUGAAUGUCUUUUUGUUUUUGGCAAUGGAUAUCUCAUCUCAUCAACAUCUGGAUCCUAAGAUGUUCUGUUACCCAGAAUCAAAUGCCUCCUGCACCAGAGAAAUCUUCAGUGAAGGGUUUCAAAUUGCUUCAUACUUUUUUUUUGUUUCUGUUAUGCUGGUUACUAUUCUAGGGAACGGUGUGGUCAUUAUCUCCGUUGCUCACAUAAAACAGCUCCACACGCCAACUAACAUACUUAUAAUGUCUUUGGCAGUUGCAGACCUACUAGUUGGAGUAACUGUGAUGCCUUUUAGUACAAUUAAGGCUGUGGAGGGCUGCUGGUACUUUGGAGAUGCUUUUUGUUUCCUGCAUUCUGAUAUGUUCCUCACAUCUGUUUCAAUUUUCCACCUGGUAUUCAUAGCCAUAGAUCGAUAUGAGUCUGUGUGCAGUCCACUUCGCUAUUCCACCAAGAUUACUAUACCAAUUGCAUGGCUCAUGGUUUUUGCCAGUUGGGCCGUUGCUGCAUUGUACUCCUAUGGCCUAUUAUAUUCCAAAGCAAAUGUAAGAGGACUGGAUGAAUUCAUUGCAUCUAUAUACUGCCUGGGAAGUUGUAAUCUUUUCCUUAAUGCUCUGUGGGGCGCCCUAGACACAUUGAUAGCCUUUUUCUUUCCGUGCUCUGUAAUGGUGGGUUUGUAUACCAAAAUAUUUUUGGUGGCAAAAGAACAUCUAAGGAAGAUUGAAGCCAGCCAAAAUAAUUCCAAUGAGGGAGGUAGAGGUGUGGUGUCUCAACGGUCAGAGCGGAAAGCAGCUAAAACUUUAGGCAUUGUGGUGGGUGUUUUCAUCUUUUGCUGGCUGCCUUUCUUUGUUAAUUCCAUAGUUGAUCCAUACACAAACUUUAGCACACCACCUAUUCUCUUUGAGGUGUUUAUCUGGCUGGGUUACUUUAAUUCUACUGCAAAUCCAAUCAUCUAUGCACUGUUUUAUCCUUGGUUUCGAAAAUGUCUUAAUCUCAUUGUCACAUUGAAAAUAUUCAAUAGAAAUUCUUCCUAUAUAAAUGUAUUUGCUACUACGUGAUCUAUUGUAAAGCUACAUUAAUAUAAUAUACAACUAUGUGUGAACAGUAUGUAACUAACUUCAUGCAAAAAAAUGUAAAUGUUUCAUAAUAGCCCUUUUUGGGGCAGCAGAUGAAUUGUCCAGUUACUGUAAUUUACUUCUCACAAAAGGAUUCAUGUCAAUACAUGUACAGUAUGUGGUUUAGUGGCAGUUUAAAAAAAAACACAAGCUAUGACCUGUCCACCUUGGAUAGUGUGUUCAAUGAGGAAAAUGAAGAGAAGCAUUUGAGAAACCUCUUCUGAACAGUAUACUGCUGUCGAUAUUUGCCUGGUCUUUUUCAUGUAAUCUUGUUUCAUUUAUAAAUCCCUUCUUAUUGUAUUUUGAAUGUAGCAUAGGCCUACCUUAGAA